UAAAUUUGCAGUAAAAAGCAAACAUGGCCUCAAACAAUCUUACAGUUCUCAAUGCACUUGACACAGCACGAACCCAAUGGUACCAUGUCACUGCCGUUAUCAUUGCUGGAAUGGGUUUUUUCACAGAUGCCUACGAUCUCUUCUGUAUCACCACUGUCUCCAAACUCUUAGGCCGUCUUUAUUACUACGAUCCUGCUACGCACGCCCCUGGAAAACUGCCUCAUCCUGUUAAUAAUUGGGUAGUUGGAGUCGCUUUGGUUGGUACUUUAACUGGCCAGCUCGUGUUUGGUUGGCUCGGAGACAAACUUGGCCAAAAGAAAGUUUAUGGACUCACUUUAAUCCUCAUGGUCAUUUGUGCACUUUGCUCUGGUUUGUCAUUCGGGUAUAGCAAAAAAAUUGUAAUGGGGACACUCUGUUUCUUCAGAUUCUGGCUUGGAUUUGGCAUUGGAGGAGAUUAUCCUCUUUCUGCCACAAUCAUGUCCGAAUAUGCAAAUAAGAGAACUCGUGGGGCGUUUAUUGCUGCAGUUUUUGCUAUGCAAGGCGUUGGGAUCGUAUUUGCCGGCCUUGUUUCAAUGACUGUUUCGAAAAUCUUUCUUAUGAAUUACGCGGGUAAAGCGUUUAAUGUGGAUGAAGUUUUCUCCACGGAACCUGAGGCAGAUUAUGUUUGGCGAAUAGUAUUGAUGCUUGGAGCUCUUCCAGCUCUUCUCACCUAUUAUUGGCGAAUGAAGAUGCCGGAAACAGGGCGUUACACUGCUAUUAUUGAGGGAAAUGCUAAACAAGCAGCGCUUGACAUGGGAAAGGUUCUUGACAUUGAAAUUCAAGCAGAAGGAGAAAAAUUGGCCAAAUUUAAAGCAGCCAAUGAGUACCCUUUACUCUCCAAUGAGUUC